ACUUGUGCCAUUAAAGAUGGCCAGGUCGUAAUCUAUUGCUAACACUUCAACCGCGUGUUUUAAAUAAUCGAGGCUGGUGGGUGCAAGACCAAUUCCUGAGUUCGUGGCUUCCGUUCAUUGCAAGGAUGAGCUGAAGAAACCAUGGUAUGAUUUUUGCUCACACCCAUUGGUUAAUCUCUUAGCAGAUUUUCUCGUGACAGUAGAUAUUCAAACUAAAGUUAGUGAAGAAAGCAUCAAACAGCUUUUGGGUUUAACAGGGCAUGUGACUGUGAUUGGGAGCUAGCUCAGCUGACAAGUAUUAAAUAGCACCGCAGAUAAAUGCUGGUGGUUGGGGUUUUAAGACUUUUGCCCUAGCCCUCUUAGCAAAUGCAAGGUUUUUAAGCCACCACUUCAAAAGAGGCUUCGUCUAAAUUUCUCACACAUUUUUCUCCAUCAUAACAUCUUGCUUUCUAUGCUAUCUAACCACUCCUCUCUAACUCCAUAAAAGCUUUUGGGAACUUUUGGCACCUCCUCCACCUCCUCCUCUUUCCACUAACAUGACCACCGCUCGGUUCAUUGCGUUGGUCGUCGCGGCCUCGCUCCUCGUGGCGUCUCUCGGGGUCUCCGGCCAGGCCCCGGCCCCGGCGCCGUCGGACGACUGCUUCAACGCCGUGCUCAACAUGUCGGACUGCUUGACGUACGUUGAGACGGGGAGCAACAUCACCGUGCCGGAUAAAGCCUGCUGCCCCGAGCUGGCGGGGAUGGUGGACAGCAGCCCCGUCUGCCUCUGCGAGCUGAUCGGGAAGGCCGGCAGCUUCGGCAUCGACGUCGACGUUAACCGAGCUCUCAAGCUCCCCGCGGCCUGCGACGUCGUCACUCCGCCCACGAACUUGUGUGCAGCCGCUGGAGUCCCCAUUUCUAGCGACGUCCCUGGCGCACCAGGAAACCCAUCAUUUAAUGACGGCGGCAGAGCUUCUACCCCGUACGGCGCCCUGUCGACGUUUGCCCUGGCCUUGGGUCUGAAAAUAGCCGUCCUCAUGAUACUCUCUUGAUUUUGUACCAUUCGUUUUCGAUUGAUCUCUAUAACUUCACUACUGUUGAAGCGAUUUCUGUCUCCCAUGUGAAAUAAGACUAUUCGAGUUCACAUUCAAUUUAUGAUUAUCAUCAUUCUCCCCCUCCAA